AACCUACUCAACGCGCGUCUUCAUUCAAUAAACUGCAAAGUGUCCGAUACUGUGUUUAUAAAUUUUUGAAGUGUAUUUUAACAGUGGUUUAACUGAAUAUCAAGAUGUCAACAGAAAUGGAAACAAAAGCAGAAGAUGUAGAAACUUUUGCAUUCCAGGCAGAGAUUGCUCAACUUAUGUCAUUGAUUAUUAAUACCUUUUAUUCAAAUAAAGAAAUUUUUUUAAGAGAACUUAUUUCAAACUCUAGUGAUGCCCUUGAUAAGAUUCGUUAUGAAUCUUUAACUGAUCCUUCUAAGCUUGAUAAUGGCAAAGAAUUAUUUAUUAAAAUUAUUCCAAACAAGAAUGAUGGUACUUUGACUAUUAUUGAUACUGGUAUUGGUAUGACUAAAGCUGAUUUGGUAAAUAAUCUUGGUACAAUUGCAAAGUCUGGUACCAAAGCUUUUAUGGAAGCACUUCAAGCUGGUGCAGAUAUUUCCAUGAUUGGACAAUUUGGUGUAGGUUUUUAUUCUGCUUAUUUAAUAGCAGACAAAGUCACUGUUAUUUCAAAACACAAUGAUGAUGAACAAUAUUUAUGGGAAUCUAGUGCUGGUGGAUCAUUUACUGUUAGACAUGAUAAUGGAGAAACAUUAGGACGAGGAACAAAAAUUGUUUUACAUGUGAAAGAAGAUCAAACUGAAUAUUUAGAAGAGAGUAAAAUAAAAGAAAUUGUAAAAAAACAUUCUCAAUUUAUUGGUUAUCCAAUUAAAUUAGUUGUGCAGAAAGAACGUGAAAAAGAACUGAGUGAGGAUGAAGCUGAAGAAGAAGAAGAGAAAAAGGAAGAUGAUGGAAAACCAAAAAUUGAAGAUGUAGAUGAAAAUGAAGAAGCAUCAGAGGAAGAAGGAAAAAAGAAGAAAAAAAAGACUAUCAAAGAAAAAUAUACUGAAGAUGAAGAAUUAAACAAGACAAAACCUAUCUGGACUAGAAAUUCUGAUGAUAUUACACAAGAAGAAUAUGGUGAAUUUUACAAAUCAUUGACAAAUGAUUGGGAAGAUCAUUUGGCUGUUAAACAUUUUUCUGUAGAAGGUCAAUUAGAAUUCAGAGCUUUACUUUUUAUUCCAAAACGUAUGCCAUUUGAUUUAUUUGAAAAUAAGAAAAGGAAAAAUAAUAUUAAAUUAUAUGUAAGAAGAGUAUUCAUUAUGGAUAACUGUGAACAGUUAAUUCCAGAAUAUUUAAAUUUCAUAAAAGGAGUAGUUGAUAGUGAAGAUCUUCCUUUGAACAUUUCUCGUGAAAUGCUUCAACAAAAUAAAAUUUUAAAGGUUAUUCGUAAAAAUCUUGUAAAAAAAUGCAUAGAAUUGUUUGAAGAACUUACAGAAGACAAAGAUAAUUAUAAAAAAUUCUAUGAACAAUUUAGCAAAAAUAUUAAAUUAGGUAUUCAUGAGGAUAGUUCUAAUCGUAAUAAAUUGUCAGAUCUUUUGAGAUAUCACACUUCAGCUUCUGGAGAUGAAGUCUGUUCUCUUAAGGAUUAUGUAGGCAGAAUGAAAGAGAAUCAAAAACAUAUUUACUUCAUUACUGGAGAGAACAAAGACCAAGUUGCAAACAGUUCAUUUGUUGAACGUGUAAAAAAACGUGGCUUUGAAGUUGUUUAUAUGACAGAACCUAUUGAUGAAUAUGUAGUACAACAAAUGAAAGAAUUUGAUGGAAAACAAUUAGUAUCUGUAACCAAAGAAGGUUUAGAGUUUCCUGAAGAUGAAGAUGAAAAGAAGAAAAGAGAAGAAGACAAAGCCAAGUAUGAAAAUUUAUGUAAAGUAAUGAAAAAUAUUCUUGACAAUAAAGUAGAGAAAGUUGUAGUUUCAAAUCGAUUGGUCGAUUCACCUUGCUGUAUAGUUACUUCACAAUAUGGUUGGACUGCUAAUAUGGAAAGAAUUAUGAAAGCUCAAGCACUUAGAGAUACAUCUACUAUGGGAUAUAUGGCUGCAAAAAAACAUCUUGAGAUAAAUCCUGACCAUACUAUUAUUGAAACUUUACAUCAGAAAGCAGAAACAGAUAAAAAUGAUAAAGCAGUAAAAGAUUUAGUAAUUUUAUUGUUUGAAACAGCACUUUUAUCUUCUGGUUUUACUUUAGAUGAACCACAAGUUCAUGCUGCAAGAAUUUACAGAAUGAUUAAAUUGGGACUUGGUAUUGAUGAAGAAGAAUCUGUACCAGAAGAACAAACUACAGAAGAAAUUCCUCCUCUGGAAGGAGAUACAGAAGAUAAUUCACGAAUGGAAGAAGUAGAUUAAACUUAAUGUUAAUAAAUUUAAAUAUAAUGACAAUAUCGAUGUCAUUAUAAUCAUUAAAAGACUGCUGAAAUAACCACGUUUUAUGUGGUAUUAUUAUCCAUUUUCAUUUUAAUUUUCUGUAUAAUUUUAAUUUAUCAAAAACAUUUUUUGAUGCCAAAUACUUUGUAAUUAAGUUAAAUUUACAUUAAAAUAAAAUAAAAUUUAUACAAUGAAUUCA